AUGGCAACCAGUUUGACACCUGAGCUCACCAGCUACCUGGAGGCGGUCCUCCCCUCCGACUCCCGCGCCGCCCUCCGCACAUCCCUCCUUCCAUCGCUCAUCGAUGCCAUUCACGCCAUAUCCAAGACCCUCCAGGCCUCUCACCACGUCGCUCUCGUCGGCACCGCCAACGCUUUCGGCGAUGACCAGCUCAACGUCGACGUCUCCUGCGAGAACCUCCUCCGCGAGGCCCUCGCCCGCUGCCCCUCCGUCACAACCGCCAGCAGCGAGGAGGACCCUGUCGAGACGCCCGUCCACACCGGUGCCUCAGCCGCAGCCCUCGACGCAGAGCAAUACACCGUCGCCUUUGACCCCCUCGACGGCAGCUCCAUCAUCGCCCCCAACUGGUCCGUCGGCACCAUCCUCAGCAUUUGGGACGGCCCCACCGCUCUCAACCAGGACCCCGCCACCCGCCAGGUCGCCUCCGUCCUCGGCGUCUACGGACCCCGCGCCACCGCCAUCGUCGCCCUGCGCAUCCCCGGGUCGACUCCGACGUGCUUCGAAGUUGCCGUGCAGCCCGCCGGCACGGCGCAUUCUCUCCUCCGAAAGGAUAUCCGCCUCGCCGCGCCGCCGUUCAAGACGCGCUACUUUGCGCCCGCGAACCUGCGCUCCGCUGCCGAGGACGCGAAGUACAUGUCGCUGAUCACGCGCUUCAUCACCGAAAAGUGGACGCUGAGGUACUGCGGCGGGCUCGUGCCGGACGUCGUGCACGUGCUCGUACAGGGGCAGGGCGUCUACGUCAUGCCUGUCGGAGGCACGAGCAAGCCCAAGCUGAGGCGGCUGUACGAGUUGUGCCCUAUCGCGCUGGUGUUGGAGACGGUGGGUGGAAAGGCGGUGGAUCCCGUGCACGGUAGGGGAAUCUUGGAGACAGAGGUGAAGGACUGUGAUGAGAGGGGGGGCCUGAUCUUCGGCAAUGUGGAGGAGGUGGACAGUGUGAUCGAGGCGUUGCUUGGGAAGAGCGCUUAG